AUGGGUAACUUUUUCUCCUCUAUGUUUGACAGGCUCUGGGGUGUCAACAAGGAAUUACGUAUUUUGAUUUUAGGUUUGGAUGGUGCUGGUAAGACAACUAUACUGUACAGGUUGCAGAUUGGUGAAGUUGUUACGACAAAGCCUACAAUUGGUUUCAAUGUUGAAACUUUGAGCUAUAAAAAUUUAAAACUAAACGUUUGGGAUUUAGGUGGACAAACAAGUAUUCGACCUUAUUGGCGUUGUUAUUAUGCAGAUACAGCAGCGGUAAUAUUCGUGGUAGAUUCAACAGAUAAAGAUCGUAUGGCAACAGCUGCCAAGGAACUACAUCUAAUGUUACAAGAAGAAGAAUUACAAGAUUCAGCAUUAUUAGUAUUUGCCAAUAAACAAGAUCAACCUGGUGCCCUAACAGCUAGCGAAGUUUCCAAAGAAUUGAAUUUAGUCGAACUUAAAGAUAGGAGUUGGUCAAUUGUAGCGUCAAGUGCUGUGAAGGGUGAAGGUAUCACUGAAGGUCUAGAUUGGCUCAUCGACGUCGUUAAAGAGGAACAGUUAUAA